ACACACAUAUAUGAUCCUUAAAACAUGUCGAUUGUAGUCCACGCCUACAACAAGUCGCCCAAAUUUCCCUUCUUCUACUUUGAUCUAUCGCUUAACACCGUACCAAAAAACAAUGAAACCCCCUCCUCCAUCAGCCGCCGCCCUGCCGCACAAGCUCCGGGGCCACCUUUCCGGUGCCAUCUCUUUCCUCCUCGUCUUCUCCCUUGGCUACAUCCUCGGCUUCCUCUCUGCCCCCUCCAACUCCUCUCCGCUCGCCCCGCUCUCGCCCACGGCGCCGACGAAGACGGCGAAGCGGAUAGUGAAAGCGCCGCCUCCUCCUCCUCCGCCGCAUGAUCUCCUAAGAUUCCGAACCCAGUGUGCGGACCCCAUUCCCCAGUCCGAGGUGCUUAAGACGAUUCUGGAGAGGGUACACGACGGGAAGUCGCCCUUCGACGGCUUCCCGUCGCCGGAAACGUCGGAGCACCUCCUACCCGCGGCGGCGCGGCCCCGAGGGUGGGGCUCCACCAUGCCGGUGUUCCGCGACUUGAUCGAGUCCAUCCGACCCCUCACCAUCAUCGAGCUCGGCACCUUCCUCGGGGCGUCGGCGCUCCAUAUGGCGACCGUGGCCGCCAAUCUGUCGCUCCCUGCCGUCAUCCUCUGCGUGGACGACUUCCGGGGGUGGCCGGGCGCCCGGGCCCGCUUCCCUCGCGACCUGCCACGUCCGCGCCACGGCGAUGCGCUGCUGCUCCACCAGUUCAUGGCCGGAGUGGCGGCGGCAGGCACAGCGGCUGCGGGGCGAGUGAUACCGGUGCCGUUCUCCACCGCGUCGGCACUGGCGGCUCUGUGCGAGUGGGGGGUGUACGGAGACCUGAUCGAGGUGGACGCGGGGCACGACUUCCACUCAGCCUGGGCGGACAUCAACAUGGCCUGGGCGGUUCUCCGACCAGGCGGCGUCCUCUUCGGCCACGAUUACCACACGGCUGCCGACGAUCACGGCGUCCGCCGCGCCGUCACGCUUUUCGCCGGCGUUAAGGGCGUGCAGGUCCGGCCCCAUGGUCAGCACUGGGUCCUCUCCCCGAAGCCACCCAUCUCUUAUUAAUCUGCUUCUACUUCUUUCUUUUUUGCUAUAUUCUCCUCAAAAGAAGAUAAAAAUUUGUGUGAUAAAAAGAGUGUAUGAUUUGCUGCUGAUCAACACCAUAUGUUUAUGUAUAAUGAUAAUAAUAAUGUGAAGUUCUACAAUUGAAUGA